UUUCAGUUUUGUAUAUUAUCCAAUCCUUUGGGGAAAACUGAAUAUCUUAGUGUUAUAUGUGCACAUAGAUUCUCUUUAGUCUCUGGUCUUUUAUAUGCAAAUUUUUUUCAAGAUUUCCAUGUUCAUGUUUCGGCCUAUCAUGAUCCUUUCUAUUUCUUUUGUGCAGAAAAUAUGCAAAUAAACUGUGAGGCAUCUUUAAAAUGCCUCCCGGGCAAGGUAUUUCCUUGCAAUUUUCAGAGUAAUGGAAGUUCUAUGGAAGGUUUUACAGAGGUUAAAAAUGAGCCUGGUACUCACCCAGCUGGGGAUGUUACUGAGCCUAACUGCCAUUUGGGCAGUGAGUUUCUUGAGCCUUCCAAUGAAUUUCACAGCAAACCUACUUAUCAUCAAAACUACAGCACCUGGACACCCUGCCAUUUUAGUGCUCACAAGGUGCAGCAAUGCCAAAUGAAUGGUUUUGAUGGCCAUUUUUAUCCUUAUCCUGUUGAGAACCAGCUUCAGUAUGUUCCAAUUAACAUGGUUGCUCAAGGUUAUCCACGUGAGCAAUAUCAAGAAUUUCAGUAUUUUGUGGUGAUAGACUUUGAGGCUACCUGUGACAAGGAUAAAAAUCCCCACCCUCAAGAAAUAAUUGAGUUUCCAUCUGUUAUAGUGAGUAGCAUCACUGGCCAGCUGGAAGCUUGUUUUCAAACAUAUGUGAGGCCUACCUGCAAUCAUGUGCUGAGUGACUUCUGCAAGGAUUUGACUGGUAUCCAGCAAAUUCAGGUGCGUUAAGGAAAAUAUUACAAGCCAUUAUUGGUGUUUUUAU